ACGCGGAGCGGCCAGAGCGUUCGGCCUCAGUCAGGCGCUCGCCUCCGUUUCGGUUUCACUUCCGGUGAGGGGCCGCCUUGGAGCGGGUGGUGAGCCAACGGCGAGCGCAGGCGGUGGCAGUGACGGCGGCGCUGCUGCCGGGGGGCGUGCGGUAGCGCUGCGGCUGGGCCUCGAGCGCCCGCAGCCCACCUCUCGGGGGCGGGCUCCAGGCGCCAGCAGGGCUGUCGAGAAGAUGGAGGAGCUGGUGGUGGAAGUGCGGGGCUCCAAUGGCGCUUUCUACAAGGCAUUUGUAAAGGACGUUCAUGAAGAUUCAAUAACAGUUGCAUUUGAAAACAACUGGCAGCCAGAGAGACAGAUUCCGUUCCAUGAUGUGAGAUUCCCACCACCUGUAGGCUAUAAUAAAGAUAUAAAUGAAAGUGACGAAGUUGAGGUUUAUUCCAGAGCCAAUGAGAAAGAACCUUGCUGUUGGUGGUUAGCAAAAGUGAGGAUGAUAAAGGGUGAGUUUUACGUGAUAGAAUAUGCAGCUUGUGAUGCUACCUACAAUGAAAUCGUCACAAUUGAACGUCUACGGUCAGUUAAUCCCAACAAACCUGCCACAAAAGAUACUUUCCAUAAAAUCAAACUGGACGUGCCAGAAGAUUUACGACAAAUGUGUGCCAAAGAAUCGGCACAUAAGGACUUUAAAAAGGCAGUUGGCGCCUUUUCUGUAACUUACGAUCCAGAAAAUUACCAGCUUGUCAUUUUGUCUAUCAAUGAAGUCACCUCAAAGCGAGCACACAUGCUGAUUGACAUGCACUUUCGGAGUCUGCGCACUAAGCUGUCCCUGAUACUGAGAAAUGAAGAAGCCAGUAAGCAGCUAGAGAGUUCAAGGCAGCUUGCCUCACGGUUUCAUGAACAAUUUAUCGUACGAGAAGACCUGAUGGGUCUAGCUAUUGGUACUCAUGGUGCUAAUAUUCAGCAAGCUAGAAAAGUACCUGGGGUCACUGCUAUCGAUCUAGAUGAAGAUACUUGCACAUUUCAUAUUUACGGAGAGGACCAGGAUGCAGUGAAAAAGGCUAGAAGCUUUCUUGAAUUUGCCGAAGAUGUCAUCCAAGUUCCUAGGAACUUAGUAGGUAAAGUUAUAGGAAAAAAUGGAAAACUGAUUCAAGAAAUUGUGGACAAGUCAGGAGUUGUGAGGGUGAGAAUUGAGGCUGAAAACGAGAAAAAUGUUCCACAAGAGGAGGAGAUUAUGCCACCAAAUUCCCUACCUCCCAGUAACUCAAGGAUUGGACCUACUCCCUCGGAGGAUAAAAAACAUAUAGAUAUAAAGGAAAACAGCGCUCAUUUUUCUCAACCUAACAGUACAAAAGUCCAGAGGGUGUUAGUGGUUUCAUCAAUUGUAGCAGGGGAAUCCCAGAAACCUGAACUCAAGGCUUGGCAGUUCAUAUAUUAUUCGAUGCAAAAAAAAUUCCAUACGAAGCCCAUGGGUUUUCCUUGGCGCCUGAUGCUUCAGGCGCUCAUCACAACUACUAGGAAGCAGUGCCUUGCCUACCAGAUGAAGGGUAUGGUACCAUUUGUUUUUGUGGGAACAAAGGACAGCAUCGCUAAUGCCACUGUUCUUUUGGAUUAUCACCUGAACUACUUAAAGGAAGUAGACCAGUUGCGUUUGGAGAGAUUACAAAUUGAUGAGCAGUUGCGACAGAUUGGAGCUAGUUCUAGACCACCACCAAAUCGUACAGAUAAGGAAAAAGGCUAUGUGACUGAUGAUGGUCAAGGAAUGGGUCGAGGUAGUAGACCUUACAGAAAUAGGGGGCACGGCAGACGCGGUCCUGGAUAUACUUCAGGAACUAAUUCUGAAGCAUCAAAUGCUUCUGAAACAGAAUCUGACCACAGAGACGAACUCAGUGAUUGGUCAUUAGCUCCAACAGAGGAAGAGAGGGAGAACUUUCUGCGCAGAGGAGACGGGCGGCGGCGCGGAGGCGGAGGAAGAGGACAGGGAGGACGAGGACGUGGAGGUGGCUUCAAAGGAAACGAUGAUCACUCCCGAACAGAUAAUCGCCCGCGUAAUCCGAGAGAGGCUAAAGGAAGAACAGCAGAUGGAUCCCUCCAGAUCAGAGUUGACUGCAAUAAUGAAAGGAGUGUCCACACUAAAACAUUACAGAAUACCUCCAGUGAAGGUAAUCGGCUGCGCACGGGUAAAGACCGCAACCAGAAGAAGGAAAAGCCAGACAGCGUGGAUGGCCCGCAACCGCUUGUGAACGGAGUACCCUAAACUGCAUAAUCCUGAAGUUAUAUUUCCUAUACCAUUUCCGUAAUUCUUAUUCCAUAUUAGAAUACUUUGUUAGGCCAAAGACAAAUAGUAGGCAAGAUGGCACAGGGCAUGAAAUGAACACAAAUUCUGUUUAAGAAUUUUUUGUUGUUGUUAUUGGCCAUAAGCAACAAUUUUCAGAUUUGCACAAAAAGAUAUCUUGAAAUUUUUGAAACACCGCUUUUAAGUAUACUUAGCACUUAAGGACAGGAUUUGAGUUUGGUUUAUUUUUUAAAGUACUGAAAAGUGACAUUCUUUGUUAAUUUGGAUCAUUUUCCUGCAUUGGGUGAUAACUCACUGGUACAUUUCAGUUUUUUCUGAAUAAAUAGCAUUUAUGGUAAUCAUACUAGACUUCUGUUUUCAAUCUAAUUGAAAUACUAUGUCAUUUCAUGUCCUGUGUGAGUUUAUGUUUUGGUCCACUUUUCCAGUAUUUUAGUGGACCCUGAGAUGUGUGUGACGUGACGUUUGUCAUUUUCAUUAGCAAAAAAAAAAAAAGUUGUAUGAUCUGUGCCUUUUUUAUAUCUUGGCAGGUAGGAUUAUUAUAUUUGGAUGCAGAGUUCAGGGAAGAUGAGUGGGAAACACUAAAUGUUAAAGAUGUAGCAAACCCUGUCAAACAUUAGUACUUUAUAGAAGAAUAUGCAUGCUUUCCAUAUUUUUUUCCUUGCAUAAACAUCAGGUUAGGCAGUAUAAAGAAUAGGACUUGUUUUUGUUUAUGUUUUGUUGCACUGAAGUUUGACAAAUAGUGUUAUUGAGAGGGAUGUGUAAUUUUUCUGUAUAGACAGGAGAAGAAAUAACUAUCUUUUCAUUUGAGAGAGGCUAAGAUGUUUUCAGCUAGGAACAAAUCUUUUUGGUCGAAAGUUAGUAGGAUAUGCCUGCUCUUUGGCCUGAUGACCAGUUUUAACUUAGAGCCUUUUUAAUUUUGUCCUCCCCUCGUUUUGUGAACUUUUUCAUAUUUUAAUUUUAGGCUUAUUUCGGAGAGAUAGGAAGGUCAUUUCCAUAUGUGCAUAAUCCUGCGAAGCGAAGUACAGGUAUUUUGUCUAAGAAAUAUUGGAAGCAGGUCAGAUGUUUUGUAAACUUGGAAAUAUUAGAUCUAAUGUAUAAGCAGAAUUGGAAAGCAUACUAAAAUUGAUUAACAAAUAGUACUUUUUUUUCUUUUGAUUUGACAUGUCGGGUUUUGGUUUUGUUUGAGUUGUUUUUUUUUUUUUUUUAAUGAAAUUUACUAAAGAAAAAUAUGUGAAGGACCUUCACUCUGAGAUGUUAUAUUUUUCAUAAAAAAUAACUCCAGGUCGGGGUACCACUGAAUCUGUACAGAGCCGUACAAACCGAAGUUCUGCCUCUGAUAUAUUUUGUGAGUUUGUUUCUUUGAAUUUUCAUUUUACGGUUACUUUUCCUUGCAUACAAACAAGCAUAUAAAAAUGGCAACCAACUGCACAUGAUCUCAAGAAUCUUUAAAAGAAAAAAAAGUCUUUUAAAAGUAUUGCCAAACAUUAAUGUUGAUUUCUAGUUAUUUAUUCUGGGAAUGUAUAGUAUUUGAAAACAGAAAUUGGUACCUUGCACACAUCAUCUGUAAGCUGUUUGGUUUAAAAUACUGUAGAUAAUUAACCAAGGUAGAAUGACCUUGUAAUGUAACUGCUCUUGGGCAAUAUUCUCUGUACAUAUUAGCGACAACAGAUUGGAUUUUAUGUUGACAUUUGUUUGGUUAUAGUGCAAUAUAUUUUGUAUGCAAGCAGUUUCAAUAAAGUUUGAUCUUUCUCUGCUAAAUUGAUGUUGAUGCAAUCCUUACAAAUGAUUGCUUUUAAAAUUUUAAGAUAGGAAAAGAAAUCUAUAGAAAAGUGUUGUUACAAAAUGUAACUGUUACCAUUGGUAAUUUCAUGUCAUAGGAAGUUAGCUGUUAUCUACCAACUUUCAAGAACUUGAUCUUGUUUAAUAAGGUGAAAAAAAUCAACAAAAUGGUACAAAAGCACAUUGUGCCAUUACAAUAUGCACUAAGUCUCUUUUUUACAAAGGCUGAAUUCAGCAAGGCGCUAACUUGCUUAAAUGUGAACUACUAACUUCUAAAACUGUAAUUUGAUUCACAUGUUUUCAAAUGGAGUUGGAGUUGACUCAUAUUACAAUAUUUGUGUGCUAAACGUGUAUGUUUUUCAGUUCAAAGUCAUGAUGUUUUUAAAAUCUUAUUAAAGUUUCAAAAAUCUGAA